AUUGUGGGAGCGUGCGGCCCAGUCGUUGUUCGGUGCAUGGCGCCGGGGUCGUCGUGCGUGUGACUCGCUGUGUCGCUCUUACUAAUCCUGUUGCUCUUUUGUCUCCGUGUUUAAUGUCAGAGCAGGGCGCGCGAUCAUGAGUUCCACAGACGUGAUCCAGGUGACGAACGUGUCCCCGAGCGCCACCUCCGAGCAGAUGCGGACGCUGUUCGGUUUCCUGGGGAAGAUCGAGGAGCUGCGACUCUUCCCGCCCGAUGAAUCUCCUUUGCCUGUAACAUCUCGUGUCUGUUUUGUAAAGUUCCAAGAUGCAGACUCGGCGGUCGUCUCCCAGCACCUGACCAACACGGUGUUCGUCGACAGAGCUCUGAUAGUGGUGCCGUACGCCGAAGGAAUCAUUCCUGAUGAAGCAAAGGCCCUGUCUUUAGUCGCUCCUGCCAAUGCAGUGGCCGGUUUGCUGCCCGGAGGGGGGCUUUUGCCAACCCCCAACCCACUGGGUCAGAUCGGAGCCGUUCCUCUCGCUGCUUUGGGGGCCCCUACUCUCGAUCCAACUCUUGCAGCCCUUACGCUUCCAGGAGCGAGCCUAAACUCACAGGUACUGUCGGCGCUCGCUUUGGAUACGUUUCCAGAUUAUAGGAUCAACCCGUCGGCUCUACUGGAACAAUCUCUGGCCGCAGAUCAGCUUCUGAAACUUAUGACCACCGUUGAUCCUAAGUUGAACCAUGUGACGGCGGGUCUGGUGUCUCCGGCUCUGAAGUCAGACACCUCGAAUAAAGAUAUCGAGGAGGCCAUGAAAAGAGUGCGGGAGGCGCAGUCUCUCAUUUCUGCUGCCAUCGAACCAGACAAGAAAGAUGAUAAAGGCAAAAAACAUUCUUCACGAUCGCGUUCUCGAUCCAGACGCAGAAGGACGCCUUCCUCUUCCAGACACAGACGUUCUAGAAGCCGAUCAAGAAGGAGAUCGCAUUCAAAGUCUAGAAGCAGGCGACGAUCCAAGAGCCCGAGACGCAGGAGAACUCACUCCAGAGAGCGAAGUCGGAGAUCCCGCAGUGCGUCGAAGCCCAGAGAGAAAAAGAGAGAAGAAAAAGAAAAAAAGCGUUCAAAAACCCCACCUAAAAGCUACAGCACAACCAGGCGAUCUAGAAGCACAAGCAGAGACAGAAGGAGGAGAAAGAGCCGAAGCGCGUCAAGGUCUCCCAAAAAGAUGAGAUCUCCUAAAAGGAAGCCGUCCCGCUCCCCGUCUCCCAGAAGACAUAAAAAGGAAAAGAAGAAGGAUAAGGAUCGUGAAAAGAACAGAGAUGAGAGAGAACGAUCCACAAGUAAAAAGAAGAAAAGCAAAGACAAGGACAAAGAUCGCGAGAGGAGAUCGGAAGGUGAAAAGGAUGUGAAAAAGGUGACUCGCGACUACGACGAAGAGGAGCAGGGUUACGACAGCGAGAAGGAGAAGCUGGAGCAGAUGAUGGUGACCGAGGCGAGUCCCACCCAGCUGAGCGAGAGCGGACUGGAGCGAGGGAGCGGCGAUUCGGUGAAAGACUCCAAGGUUAAUGGAGACGACCACCACGAGGAGGACAUGGACAUGAGCGACUGAGCGUCCGGCCAGCAGACGUUACUGGAGACGAGGGCCGGUGUCACCCCCUGUGUGAUCUUCUUCCUAUUUAAGAUGUUGCUUAUUAUUUGGUUGUAUACGACACCGAGCUUGUUGUUCGCUGUACAAAACGUAACAGCUUUUAUUCGAUCCGUACAGAGGUCACGUGACGCGGACGGCACAAUUCCACAAAAUGAGUAUAUAUAUGAAAGCUCCCCCGUCCCCCCAGAUUUGCUGCAUGAGUUGUCUGAUUUGCUGUUUAGUUGCGCGGUUUCUUUGUGUGCUAAAUGACUUCCGUAGGAAAUAACACUGAUUGCACGUUAAAUGUGACCGGCAGCCGGUAAAUCGGGCGGCAGCGUUUUAUAAUCGCAUCCUCCUAGCGUAGGUUUCAUGGCUGUACAGCAGAGUAUUUUGUGGGUUCUUUUUUGUUUUGCUUAAAUAUUAACCCCCCCCCCCUUUGAAGGCAGCGACGACCUCUUAACAUUUAGUUCUGUUUUUGUUCGAUGAUCUUCAGGAUAUAUUAAAUAUCAAAAAACAUAUUUUUUCCUGUAUUGUGGAAUGUUUUUAUGCUCUUGACCCUUUCAGCGACAGUGCUGCAAUGGUUUAAACGGAGUCACCACUUUAACCCCUUCCCUGUUUUGGGUUUUCCCCCCAUAACACCAGAAAUUACGUGUUUUUAAUCUGAACUUUGCUUUUUUUCCUUUAUUUUUGUUUUAAGAUUAAGAGCAAAGCUCCACGGUUGUGUUGAGACCUAUAAACGUGCAUUUGUGUUCACUAUCAUUUCGGUAGCAAUCCGAUAGUGAUUCCGUGCUAGAAUACGCAGAAUAUAGCUGGUAUGUUAGUUUCAGAGGCUUCGAUUUUGUUAAUUACCAAAUAAAACAAGUCUUAGGUUCCAAUCUGUGCCAUGUUGAUGUACAGUUCUGCAGAUCUUGUUUUACAAGAAACUUUGAUAAUAAAAUCUAUAACUUAUA